AUGGAGUCGAAACCUGCCCUAGAGGCAAAAGAUGUGGACGUCGGCAAAGCCGAGGCCUCUCUUCCCCCUUACACCCAGGACAAUUACAAUGUUGGGACCGUGGACGAGCCGGAGCAGCUUGAUUUCUGGACGCGCAAUGGCUUGAACCUCAAUUCCUUCAAGCGCCGAAAGGGGAGUUUCGGCAUUUCUGAGUUAAAUCGGAACAUGAAGUCCCGCCAUAUGCAUAUGAUUGCGAUCGGUGGCUCCAUUGGCGCCGGUUUCUUCGUUGGUUCGGGAAGUGCGCUUCGGACUGGGGGCCCAGCAACGCUCUUCCUCGAUUUCUUGAUUAUUGGUGUUAUGAUGUUCAAUGUCGUCUAUGCGCUUGGUGAAUUGGCUGUUAUGUACCCUGUGUCCGGUGGUUUCUACACUUACUCAACUCGAUUCAUUGAUCCAUCAUGGGGCUUUGCUAUGGGAUGGAACUAUGUCUUUCAAUGGGCCGUCGUCGUUCCUUUGGAACUCACGGUAGCUGGCUUAACAAUAGACUACUGGCAGGUUGACGUGAGUGUCGCCGUGUGGAUUUCCGUUUUCCUCGUUGCGAUUAUCGCCGUGAACAUCUUUGGUUCACUCGGAUAUGCCGAAGAGGAAUUCUGGUCUUCCAUUCUUAAGCUCGGCGCGAUUAUCGUCUUCAUGUUCAUUGCUCUCAUCCUGGUUUGUGGUGGUGGACCCUCUCGCGGCAUCUAUAGCGAAUACUGGGGAGCGCGGACCUGGUACAACCCUGGUGCUUUCCGGAACGGUUUCCGGGGUUUCUGCUCUGUCUUCGUCACGGCCGCUUUCUCCUUCAACGGAACUGAAUUGGUUGGUCUUGCAGCUGCCGAGGCUAAGAAUCCGGCGAAGGCCCUUCCUGGCGCUGUAAAGCAGGUCUUCUGGCGUAUUACCCUCUUCUACAUCCUCGGUCUCACGUUUGUUGGUCUACUCGUCGCCUCCGACGACAACCGACUGCUGGGCGCCGGGGGCCUGAUCGAUGUCAACGCAUCCCCCUUCGUCCUCAUCGCCGCCGACGCCGGCCUCAAAGGCUACGACAGUUUCAUGAACGUCGUCAUUCUCAUCUCGGUGCUUUCCAUCGGUGUCUCCGGUGUCUAUGGUGGCUCGAGAACCCUGACUGCCCUCGCCGAACAAGGAUACGCUCCCAAGAUCUUCACAUACAUUGACCGCUCUGGCCGACCUCUCGUGUCGGUGCUCACCUUGAUCGUCUUCGGUGGUCUUGGCUAUGUCAACCUCGACGCUAAGGGUGACGUUAUCUUCGCCUGGCUUCAGGCUCUUUCCGGUCUCGCCGCCCUCUUCACCUGGGGCUCCAUCUGCCUGGCGCACAUCCGCUUCCGCAAUGCUUGGAAACACAACGGCCGCACAUUGGAUGAGAUCCCGUUCCAGGCCGUUGGCGGCGUCUACGGCUCCUAUCUUGGUCUUAGUCUGAACAUUCUCGUCUUGAUCGCUCAGUUCUACGUCGCCAUCUGCCCACCCGGCGGCGGCAUCAACGACGCAGAAGGGUUCUUCCAAACCUACCUCGCUCUCCCAGUAGUCAUCUUCUUCUGGUUCUGCGGCUUCAUCUGGAAAAGACAGGGUUGGCUCCGAACCAGCCAGAUCGACAUCGACUCCGGUCGUCGCGAGGUCGACUGGCCCGAGAUCCAUGCCGAACGCCAACGUAUCGCCGCUAUGCCCAAGUGGAGACAGUGGCUCAACCUUGUUAUCUAA